GCGCACCUGCACGCGGGCGCAUACGCGAAGGGGCGUGGUCACGAGGGGGCGUGGCUUGGCGCGGGCGCGGUCAGGAGGGGGUGUGGUGGCGGCCGCCGCCGAGGCGCCGUCCAAUGGGCGCGUGCGUUGCUGGGGAGCGGCGGAGCCAAUGGGCGCGCGCGGUGCUGUUGCCCGGCGGCGCGGCGGCCGGGCCGGGGCGAUGUGCGGGCCGCGGCGGCCCGGCAGCCAUGGAGAUCCGCUGCGGCGGGCUGCUCUUCAGCUCCCGCUUCGACUCGGGCAACCUGGCGCACGUCGAGCAGGUGGGGCCUCCCGGAGCGGGGGGCGGCGGGGGUGGGCCCGCGGGCUGCGGCGCCGCGCUGCCCCCCGCCGACUACGAGUUCAACGUCUGGACGCGGCCCGACUGCGCCCAAACCGAGUAUGAGAACGGCAACAGGUCCUGGUUCUACUUCAGCGUGCGGGGGGGCGCCCCGGGGAAGCUGAUCAAGCUGCACAUCCUGAACAUGAACAAGCAGAGCCGGCUGUACUCCCAGGGCAUGUCCCCCUUCGUGCGCACCCUGCCCGUGCGGCCCCGCUGGGAGCGCAUCCGCGAGCGGCCCAGCUUCGAGAUGGUGGAGACGCAGUUUGUGCUGUCCUUCGUGCACCGCUUCCUGGAGCACCGUGGUGCCACCACCUACUUUGCCUUCUGCUACCCCUUCUCCUACACCGAGUGCCAGGAGAUGCUGGCGCAGCUGGACGGCCGCUUCCAGGAGUGCAGGCACAUGUCUCCCAGCAGCCCCCUUGACUCGGUCUAUUACCACCGGGAGCUGCUCUGCCACUCCCUGGACAAGCUGCGCGUGGACCUGCUCACCGUCACCUCGUGCCACGGCAUGCUGGAGAAGCGGGAGCCCCGGCUGGACAAGCUCUUCCCAGACACCGCCACGCCGCGGCCACGCCGCUUCGCAGGGAAGAGGGUGUUCUUCCUGAGCAGCAGAGUCCACCCGGGAGAAACACCCUCCAGCUUCGUCUUCAACGGCUUCCUGGACUUCAUCCUGCGGGAGGAGGACCCCCGCGCCCAGAUGCUGCGGCGGAUGUUUGUCUUUAAGCUCAUUCCCAUGCUGAACCCCGACGGGGUGGUGCGAGGCCACUAUCGAACUGACUCCCGUGGGGUAAACCUGAACCGCCAGUAUCUCAACCCCGACGCCGAGCUGCACCCUGCGGUGUACGGGGCCAAAGCUGUCCUCCUCUACCACCACGUUCACAGCCGCAUCCUGCCGGGCUCUCCCGACUGGAGGACGUACGUCUCCCCGCUCGGCACCAGCUCGCUAAGCACAAAAUCUUCCAACCAUUCCAUCCGCAGCAGCGCCUCGUCCCUGGAGCCAGCCCUGUCGGAGCUGGAGAAGGCCAAUAACCUCCGCAACUCGCCCAGCAGCUGGCGUGCCAGCACCUACUUCAGCCCUUCUCAGGAACCCCGGCUCUCGGCAGCGCCCACCGCCGAGCCGGGCAGCAAGGACCAGGCUGUCUGGAUCCUGCCAUCGAGCCACGCCGUGGAGCACUGUGAGGAGGAGGCCAGGAGGCCUCCGUCAGCACCUCUCCCCGAAACCAUCUUGCCCCAGGACAGCGGGCUGGCCUACUACGUGGAUCUCCACGGCCAUGCCUCCAAACGCGGCUGCUUCAUGUACGGCAACAGCUUUCCUGACGAAAACGAUCAGGUGGAGAACAUGCUGUUCCCCAAACUCAUCUCCUUGAACUCGCCGCACUUUGACUUCACGGGCUGUAACUUCUCGGAGAAGAACAUGUACGCCAAAGACAAGCGGGACGGGCAGUCGAAGGAGGGCAGCGGGCGGGUGGCCGUCUACAAAGCCUUGGGGAUCAUCCACAGCUACACGCUGGAGUGCAACUACAACACGGGGCGCUCGGUGAACAGCAUCCCGGUGGCCUGCCACGACAACGGGCGGGCCAGCCCGCCGCCCCCCCCCGCCUUCCCUUCCCGGUACACCGUGGAGCUGUUUGAGCAGGUGGGGAGAGCCUUGGCGGUGGCCGCGCUGGACAUGGCAGAGUGCAACCCCUGGCCCCGGAUCGUCCUGUCGGAGCACAGCUGCCUCAGCAACCUGCGGGCCUGGAUGCUGAAGCACGUGCGCGGCAUGAAGGGCGCAGGCGGGGGCCCGCGGAGGAGAGGAGGUGCCAGGACCCCCCCCAGGAGCUCCACCGGGCUCCCCACCUCGGCCUCCGAUAACGCCCUGUCCCGCAUGAGGAGCUUCAGCAACGGCACCAGCGGGAGCGGCAGCAGCCAGCAGGACUCGCCGCAGAUCAAAGCCUCCCCCAGCUUCACCUUCAGCUGCAGCAGACCCCCGGGCCCGGCCGCUGCGAGCAACAGUCCCCAGAAGGGCAGCGCCAGAGCCCCGGGCAGAGUGGUUUUGCGUGGAAGAAGUGGGUGUGAACCGCAGCCCCAGCCCCUCGGAAGGGCCCUGGAUGCCGCGCUCAGCUCCGCGCUCCGUCCCGAGCAGAGCGGCCCCGGCUGGCUCAGGACAGACACCGCACGGCCAGACCCGGGGCUCCUCCAGCCCGGCUUCCGCAGGGAGCCCAGGGGGCCCAGCCGAGCUCCGGCCACCGCUUCGGCAGCCCCCGGCUGGGCAGGAGCUGCUUCUCCUGCACCCAGAGCCACGUGGCUCCGUCCCCUGCGGGCUGCCGGGGUUGGGGCCAAGGGGCUCUGAAAGGACGGCACAGAAAACCUCCACUCGCCUUCCCUCAGCCUCAGCCGCUCCCAAAGCAUUCCCGAGGCCUGCAGGGACACACCAAAGUGCCUUUUCCCUUCCCAGGCACCUGCUGAGCCGCAGUCGAUGGUGGCGUGUGGCUCUGGUCAGGGGAGGCAGGCUGGCAGAGCUCUAAGUAGUCACUGGGGGCUUUGAAUACGUGGUGAGUCCUGUCCGGCGGGGGCCGACUUGCAGCGCCGGGCUGCCUGCACGGCUGGGGGAAUGCCGCCGCUUGCCGCCCUGCGAGCCCCGCGGCCGGUGCCCCACCAGCCCUGUGGCCGCACUGUGCUCUGGCAGCAGGGGGCUACCGAAACAAGGCAAGGGGCUCUCUGUGCCCCCGGCGCUGGCUGCCUCCCCCCCGGGCUGGGGCUGGCAGGACGGGCAGCGCUGCUCCGGGCUGCACGGGGCUUCGGUGCUGCAGCCGGCUGGGCUGUGGCGGGGAAGCCCCGGUGCUCCGUGCUCCUCUGUGGGCUGGUCCCACAGGCCCCCAGCGAAGGGAAUGGGGCUGGACUGGGAGCCCUGGUCUGCUGUGGGGCUCCGGGCCCCCGCGAGCACCGUGCUCUGCAGUAUCCCAGCGCCCAAAGGUCGGAGGCGUGUGAGCGAGGGCCCGCGCGCGGGGCAGGGGGGGCUGGCUGUGUGACUCUGGGUGUGACUGUCCUUGUGUCGAGGCUCUGUGUACUGGUGCUGCUCUCGGGAGCCAUCGCUGCCUUUCCCACCCUCGGCUCCCUUCUCCUGCUCCGCCUGUGUUUCUCGCGUCGCUUCGUCCUCCGUGUUUGCUUUCCGGCACUGUGUCGUGAUUGUUUCUCAUCUGCCAUGAGAACAUGGUGGGGAGGAAAUAAAAUUA